UGGCAGUUCAAGAAGAGACGACAUGCACACGCUGUGUUACCACGUCAACUCGCACCAGGUCGUGCCCAAGCAUUUGUGUUCAGCCAUGAGGCGUAUGAAGCGUCUGACGCCAACAGCGAUAAGAGUUAGUCCGUCGAUACGAACUGUCGGCAUGCCGAACACAGGACUCCAUGCCACCCAACACUCCUACUUCCUGCCCAAGACAUUGCAACGUGGCGAGACGCGCCGAGACUAAAGGCGGCGACAGCAGCGAGCAAGAAGGAACAUGGUCUCGCCAACACGUAGAGCACUGCGGACGGACUCACGACAACGGCACCUUCACCGGUCUUUUGAUCAAGCUCGCUCACACGGGCGAAUUGAUUGCAUCACUAGCCAUGAGGCGGUGUUCACGAACAUCCACGGCAACCAUCUCAAUCAGGCCCGGCACAUUGAUGGCACGGGUCGACAGCCCUUCACAUGACACUCUUGUACCUGAAAACCGCGAUAGGACGUUGCACGGUGAACGCACCACCGAUCCUGGCAUCGCGAGCGUUGGUGUUGAUGAGAAGCAUCACUCUGCCGGUGCCCUUUACAUCAAAAGAGCUCCAGACAUCAAGUAUGAACAUUAUCAAGCCUGGUUGCUCUAAACCUAGCACUCGCUCAGUGCGGAGGCGGCCACCAAGAAAACUUGCAGCAGCGACCACUUGGCUUCUUGGCAACUGCAUCUGC